AUGGACCGACUGGUGCCGCCAUCGGUGGAGCCGCAACAUCAGUCGAUGACAAGGAUGCGAGCCGCCAACUGCCAUUGUUACCUUGUUGCUGCCACCGCUGGGGAGCUAGAGCGUGGUUACCGCUUUUGUUCGAUCAUUGGCCGCUACUGCCACCUUCGUGGGUCUCUGUCGUUCGUUGAAUACCACCAUGUUGGUGGCUGCUUUCGGGGUCCGAGCAAAAUGCAUAGGGGUCGCUACCCUAGUCCGCCGCUGCUAGCCACCGGAGAAGUCGAAAACUAUGAAGAUAACCACCAUGGCCGCCGGCCAUGGUGGUACCGCCAUGCGCUGCCACCAGCCACCAUUAGUGGCGAAAUAAUGAAAAGGAAGAAUCAAACCACCACCGUAUGGUGGUGGCUGCCGCCACCGGCCACCGUGUCGGGUGGCGGUGUGCUUAGUUGCGUUGGGAUUGCUGGUUUGGGAUGUUUGGACAUGGGACUAAAACCCUAA